CCUUUGUUGCAAUCCUAUUUGAACUUGUUAUAUGUACGAAUAUGAAGAGGGCGUAAGGGACAAUUCACCACCUUCCGAAGUGAUAAUUCACCACCGGCAGAGCCAUGCAGCCAUCUUUUAUUUGGAUACUAUCGAUCGCAUCGUUAGCAUAGAAGACAGACGCCAAUAACUAACAAAUAAGCUUGUUAGUGUAUAAAAGAACUGUUUAUUGGUGAUCACUUUAUGACGGAGUUUUGCGAAUCAUGAGCAGUGAAAAAAUUCUACAUGAAGACACGACAAAAGAGAUUGUCGAGAGAAUCUUGGUCCGUUUGGACUUUGAAGGGAAGAUUAAAGAUGGAAAACUGCUCAAGCAGGACGUGAGGACGGAGACUUGCAACUUUCUAUCGAGAUAUGUCAUCACAGAUUUCACAUAUGACGACAUGCCAAAAGCGAUGCUGAAGUAUGAUUUUUGCUACUACAUGGACCGGAAAUCGGCUCAUAAUUCGAAGCAUUUCAUCAUGAAAAUGUCUGAAGUUGAGAAGCUUCGAGAGAAAUACGCCAAAGAUUUGUCCUCUGAAAACUCUUCGGAGACUAGCAAUCAGGAAAACACACAAGACUCUGUAGGAAAAUACUACUUUCAGCACACUUUGACCACCGAGCAGAAGAAGUACGACGGUUUCGCAUACUCGGACAAGAGUUGUUUCGUCUGCAAAGAGACUUUCGAUAUGCAGAGGAAGUUUGAGGAUCACAUGAAGAGUCAUGGAAAGAAUUUCUCCAUUCAGUCGACGGAUAAGAGGCGAAGAAUGUUGAGCAUGAAGGUUCAUUACGAGCCAAAGGUAGGGAAGUUUGUGUACAAGAUCACUUCGGCCAAAAAACAGCAAAUCUUCACAAUAAAUCGCGUGAUUUUGGUUUUCCCCGAGGACAAUGACUUCCAUUCGCUGCACAUUUUUGAAGAAGAAAAAUAUACAAAGUUCGAAGUCCACUGCGAGGUUCUUUCACUUGUGGAUCAUCCGUACUCGAUUCUUCUCUUCUAUACGAUGGGCGAAACAGAGAAGAUUUCGCUUCUUACACAGUUCCAUUUCACGGUUAAGAAACUAUUCCACCAUGAAGACAUUACGCUGGACAAGAUUAAGGAUAAGAACACUUCGAAUCGCCCGGUGAAUGUGAAGGUCAUGAAAUUCCAUCCUUUGCCUUGGUAUGAUCCAAGCUAUGAAAUGAAGUCGCUGUCGAAGAAGAAGUUUGCGGAUGCUAAACUCAGUCCAAAGGAGAGACAAUUGCUGAUGAAAGUCAGAUCUUUCUUGAAUGGUAGAUUGACAAAGGAGAAUUAUGUGAACUUCUGGGAGACUCUUGUGCAGAUUGAAGACUGUUGCCAGGCAGAGUUGAUGUCCAAGAACAACAGACUGGGUGAGAAGUUGAUCUUCAGCCAAGGAUAUUAUGUGCUGGAGAUUCCAAAUCUUUCUGAGCUUUCACCGGCAAUCAUGGAAGGAGACAAAUUGAAUAUUGUGCCGUGUGAGACUAAAACAAAGAAGAGGAAGAUGUUCGCUCGAGUGCAUCAAGUGAGGAAGGACAAUAUUGUACUGGACGUAGAGACAUCGGAUGCAUUGAACACGGGAUCUCUCUAUGAUGUCUACUUUUUGCCUAAUCGCAUGCCAAUUCAGCUGGAGAGACAUGCUCUCCAAUACGUGCAAAACCACAAACUGGCCACAUUCUUCUUCCCAGACUCGAUUCCGACGCAUCCAAUUGAUUUCUCUGGUUUCGAGUGGAUCAACGACAGCGUGAAGGAGAAUCCGGAGCAACAGAGCGCGAUCAUUCACAUGGUGGAGAAGUCGUCCUUCCCGGCGCCUUACAUCCUCAUGGGACCUCCGGGCACCGGAAAGACCACGACCAUAGUCGAGGCUAUUUGCCAGAUCAUCCGGAGGGAGCCUGGAGCCAGAAUCCUCGUCUCUGCAACUUCCAAUUACGCCAGCAAUGAAGUUGCUUUGCGUCUACUGAAGUAUCUUCCGCACGAAGGCAUCUUUCGCAUGUUUGCCAGCUCAAAAGAAACAGAAAUCGACUUUAUUGAUCCUGAAUUGAAGAACAUUUCCAAUCUAAGGUUCGAUUUCCACUAUUAUCCUCACAUGGAGGAACUGGCGUGCUACAAUGUUGUUGUCACGACACUCGCUGUUGCUGGAAAAUUUGCCCAGGCAAAGAUUAAUUGUAAUCAUUUUUCCUAUGUCUUCAUCGACGAAUGUGGCAGCAGCACUGAACCUUCCUCUUUAAUCCCAAUUGCUGGUGUUGUGUCUUCAGCUAGACGGAUUCAUGCGCAGAUUAUUCUGGCUGGAGAUCCUAAGCAAUUGGGACCAAUUGUGCAUUCUAAGACAGCAAGAGAUGCUUUGGGCGUUUCCAUUCUCGAGCGCCUGAUUGACACGGGGAUUUAUGCCAAGGAUCCGACGACUGGGAAGUACAAUCCUCGUGUUAUAACUAAGUUGAUAAGGAAUUUCCGAUCACAUCCCAAAAUUUUGGAAUUUCCCGACGUGGAGUUCUAUAGUGGUGAGCUGAUGGCUGAGGGCAGUCCUCAGGUCACCCGUUGGGCUUGUGGUUGGAAGUAUUUGCCUAACAAAUCUGUGCCGAUUAUAUUUGAGCACGUGAUCGGGCAGUCUGAGCAGGAUGACAACUCGCCAAGUUGGUACAACAUGCGCGAGGUGCAAAGAGUGAUGUUUCACAUUGAUAAGAUAAUGCAGGCGAAGAAUAUCUGUGGAAGGAAGAUUGAUCAGAAGAGUAUUGGCGUUAUCACGCCGUACAAGAAACAGUGCCAGAAGAUCAAUUUGGAGUGUAAGAAGAGGAAGUGGCCAGAUAUUGAUGUGGGGUCCGUGGAGACGUUCCAGGGCCAGGAGAGGCCCGUGAUAAUCCUCUCCACUGUGCGAUCCUUGACGCAUGGUGUGGGCUUCCUGAACAAUCCCAAGCGCCUCAACGUCGCUCUGACGCGAGCGCAGGGACUCUUGAUCAUCGUGGGGAACAUUGACACCCUCGAGAAGGAUCCGAUGUGGAGUAAUUUCAUCGCCUUCUGCAGGUGCAAUAAUGUGAUUAAGGAGGUAUUUAACUACGAUCCGAAACCGAAACAGAGGAGCAAGAGCCACAAUAGGCAGCAGAACAGGAAUAGUGUCCACAUUGAUAAGGAAAAUACGAUUCAACCGCUAAUGUCAGUGUCGGUGAUGCCGCCGGACUUUCUCCGGUUGCCAGACGUUCCGAAGAGCAUUCCCUUUCAGAGCGCGUCUGACAAUCGUAACGUGCGUCCCUCCUCCGUCCAUCUGGACAGUGCUGGGAGACAUCUUCCCCAGAGACUCGCCAGGGAUUUUCCCGUGACAAAUUGUCUAAAAGUGAGCGCCCCAGUGAAGCCCUCUAUAGACAGGAAUUUGUUGUUAAGGCAUUAUCCGUUUGAUGUGCCGACUUCUUAUGCAUUUGUGAACAAUCCUAAUCCACAAUUGACUCAAUUGAACGCUGUUCCUCGUCCUGCACCUCGUGUAACAGUUGUUUCGCCGCCACCUGUGCAGGAGAAAAAGAAGUCCAAGUGCUUAAUCAUGUGAGGAAAGCAGGAGGGUAUCAGAAGGAUUUCAAUACUCACUCGACUGCAUUAUAAUGUUUUGAUAUCGUUUUUAAUUCCCAAAUACUUUCUGUAAGUGAAUUGAUAAGUUCUUCGUUGUUGAAUUAAUUCCAGUGUUUAGGUUGACAAUAUAGAAGAUGAAUAAAGAAAUGUAAUAAAAUGAUCUUUGAAAUUGAGUUAUGGCUUUGUAAAUAAAUUACGAAACUAUUCAUGAUUAUUCUUGAGCAUAGAGAAAGUGAUUUUUCGUAUUUGUCGCAAAUAUUUCUUUUGG